UUAUCAAAUCGUCACAAAUCAAUCCCUCACACCUCAGUAGAAUUGAACACAGUACAUGUUAUAUAAAUACAUUUUUAUUUUUCGAAAAUACGAACUCAACUUGUAACGAUAUUAUACUUAGACGGCUGUAAUUGUUGUAAUUGCAUUUGUGUGAUAUGUAUUCAUUACUUACUGAAAGUUAAUGAGCUUUAUUGAAAAGUGUUAUUUCCGUUUUACGUAUUGGCUGAAAGAACGGGUUGAACAAUGCUCUCAGGACGUGGAGUUGGUUGUUUGCCGGAUAAUCCUUUGGGCCUAUCAUGGCAUGAUAGCAAAUGGAUUCCAAUGCUCAACUCUAACAACAUACUCGAUUAUUUCUCGGAGCUCAGUAAUCCGUUUUAUGACCGAAGUUGUAAUAAUGAAGCUAUUAAAAUGCAAAGGCUUAGCAUGGAUCAGUUGAGUAAUAUGAUUGGGCUAGAGUAUUGCCUUCUACAUGUUCAAGAACCUAUUUUGUAUGUGGUACGUAAACAACACAGGCACUCUCCAACUCAUUCAACACCCAUUGCUGAUUUUUACAUUGUUGCUGGAAUAGUUUAUCAAGCUCCAGAUCUCCUUUCAAUUAUUAACUCUCACUUGAUGUCAUCAGCGUAUCAUUUAGAGACCGCAUUUGAAGAAUUAAACUCUUUAGCUAGAUUUCAUCCAUCUAAAGGUUAUUCAUGGGAAAAUCGUAGACCUGGCCUAUCAUCUGGUCCUGUAACAGCACCUCCACCAUCUCCAGUAAAAGUUCCAGGCAAAAGAGACACUGAAGAACCCAGUUCCCAAUUCCAAAGAUUACGUGUCGAUAUGUUAUUAGUUGAAUUAACUAGAAAGUUUCCAUUGCCUUUACCUCAAUCACUUGCUGCACCACCGCAAAAUACUAUAAAUAAUCAACAAACAAAUGAAGUGAUGAAAAAAGAAGUAAAUCAAGAAAUAAAGCAAGAAUUGAUUCAUGAUAUAAAUAUUAAACAAGAACCACAAUCUACCAAUUCUUUAUCACCAUCAAUGAGGCCACCUCCUGAGAAAAAGUUUAAACCUGCGUGAUAUACUUUCUAUUUUUAUUUAUAUUUAUUAUUGAUUAUUAAUAUUUAUUACUUUAUGUAUUCAGGAUUUAAUGUUAUGAUCCUAAAGAUAGUAUUUACAUUGUACUAUAUUUUAUUGCAAAAAUAAAUUAUAAAAUAAAUGUUA